UUCAGACAUACCAUGUCAGGAAUCAAUCUGGAUGCCAACAGAUUAUCAAGGAGAGCAAGUUUAAAAGAUUUCUGUGUAGCCACACCUGAAGAAUUUGUUAAAAGAUUUGGCGGGAAUAGAGUGAUAAAUAAGGUCUUGGUUGCUAACAAUGGUAUUGCCGCAGUAAAAUGUAUGAGAUCAGUUCGAAGGUGGGCAUAUGAAAUAUUUCGCAAUGAAAGAGCAAUUAGAUUUGUUGUUAUGGUUACACCAGAGGAUCUUAAAGCCAAUGCAGAAUAUGUUAAAAUGGCUGAUCAAUAUGUACCUGUACCAGGAGGAUCUAAUAAUAACAACUAUGCUAAUGUAGAAAGAAUAUUAGAUAUAGCCAAACGGACACAAGUUCAAGCUGUAUGGGCAGGAUGGGGCCAUGCUUCAGAAAAUCCCAAAUUACCAGAAUUACUUCAUAAAAAUGAUAUUUCAUUUAUAGGUCCACCAGAAGGUGCUAUGUGGUCAUUAGGAGAUAAAAUAGCUUCAUCUAUUGUUGCUCAAACAGCUGGUGUACCUACGUUACCUUGGAGUGGAUCAGGCUUAAAAUUACCAAUCAGUGAAGAAGAUCUGUGUAAAAAUAAAGUAUUAAAUGUACCAUCUGAUAUAUAUAGACAAGGUUGUACUAGAAAUGUAGAUGAAGGAUUAGUAUCAGCUAAAAAAAUUGGUUUUCCUGUCAUGAUAAAAGCUUCAGAAGGAGGAGGUGGGAAAGGUAUCAGAAAAGCUGAAAAUGCUGAAGAGUUCCCGAAUUUAUUCAGACAAGUUCAGACUGAAGUACCUGGUUCACCAAUAUUUAUAAUGAAACUGGCGUCUGCUGCCCGUCAUUUGGAAGUACAGUUACUAGCUGAUAUUUAUGGUAAUGCUAUCUCCUUAUUUGGGCGUGACUGUUCAAUACAAAGAAGACAUCAGAAGAUUAUUGAAGAAGCACCAGCUGUUAUUGCCAAAUCAGAUGUUUUUGAAAAAAUGGAAAAGGCAGCAGUUACCCUGGCUAAAAUGGUGGGUUAUGUUAGUGCUGGUACUGUAGAAUAUUUAUAUAAUGCUGAAGAAGCUAAUUUCCAUUUCCUAGAGUUGAAUCCUAGAUUACAAGUUGAACAUCCUUGUACAGAAAUGAUAGCAGACGUCAAUCUACCUGCUGCUCAAUUACAGAUUGCUAUGGGUAUACCACUCUAUAGAAUUAAAGACAUAAGAAUGUUGUAUGGUGAAGAUCCAUGGGGAGAUAACUCUAUAGAUUUUGAUGAUCCACAAGUUAAACCAGUACCUAAAGGUCAUGUGAUAGCAGCUAGAAUUACUAGUGAGAAUCCUGAUGAGGGAUUUAAACCAAGUUCAGGAACAGUACAAGAGCUAAAUUUCCGUAGCAACAAGAAUGUGUGGGGAUACUUCAGUGUGGCAGCUUCUGGUGGUCUACAUGAGUUUGCUGAUUCUCAAUUUGGACAUUGUUUUUCUUGGGGUGAAAGUAGAGAAGAUGCUCGAGAGAAUUUGGUCAUAGCUUUAAAAGAACUAUCAAUUAGAGGUGAUUUCAGAACAACAGUAGAAUAUCUGAUUAAAUUGCUAGAAACAGAUGCCUACCAACAGAACUAUAUCACAACUGGUUGGCUAGAUAGACUGAUAGCUGAGAAAGUACAAGCUGAGAAACCAGAUACCAUGUUAGGUGUCAUGUGUGGUGCCUUACACAUAGCUGAUAAAAAAAUUCGAAGCAAUUUUACUGAUUUUCAAACAUCUCUGGAAAAAGGUCAAAUUUUACCAUCAUUUUCACUGAAGAAUAUUGUAAGUGUAGAAUUUAUCUAUGAAGGAAUGAAAUAUAGUCUUGAGGUGAUAAAAACAGGAGCAAGUAGUUAUUUUUUAUGUACCAAUAAUUCUUCAAUAGACGUUGAAGCUCACAAAUUAACAGAUGGUGGACUAUUAUUAUCUAUAGAUGGAUCAAGUUAUACUACCUAUAUGAAAGAACAAGUUGGAUCCUUUAGAAUUAUUAUUGGUAAUCAGACGUGUGUACUAUCUAAAGAAAAUGAUCCCACUAUCCUAAGGUCAUCGUCAGCUGGUAAAUUAUUAAACUAUCUAGUAGAAGAUGGAGGACAUGUAUUUUCGGGAGAUGUUUAUGCUGAAAUUGAAGUAAUGAAAAUGGUGAUGGAAUUAACAGUCAGUGAAAGUGGAUGUAUACACUACAGUAAAAGACCAGGAGCUGUAUUAGAACCUGGAAGUGUUGUAGCACAUUUACAAUUAGAUGAUCCUAGUCGUGUUCAACAGGCAACACCAUUUAAAGGUAAACUACCAGUGUCUAAUAGUCCGUCCACACAUGGUGAUAGAUUACAUCAAGUAUUUCAGAGUGCUAGGAAUGUUUUAGAGAAUAUAUUGUCUGGUUAUAUCUUACCAGAACCAUAUUUCACUGAGUUAUUAUCAAAGACUGUUGAAAGUAUGAUGAAAUGUUUAAAAGAUCCAGCAUUACCUCUACUAGAAUUACAGGAAUUGAUAUCUAUGAUAUCAGGAAGAGUACCUAUCAAAGUUGAGAGAUCUAUACGUAAAUUGAUGGCUUCCUAUGCUAGUAAUAUAACAUCAGUAUUAUGUCAAUUUCCUAGUCAACAGAUAGCCAAUGUUAUUGAUAGUUAUGCAGCGACAUUAACCAAACGGACAGAUAGGGAUGUAUUCUUUAUGACAACUCAGGGUAUCGUUCAAUUAGUACAGAGAUAUAGAAGUGGUAUACGUGGUCACAUGAAAUCUGUUGUACAAGAUUUAUUACGUCAAUAUCUUAAAAUGGAACUACAAUUCCAAAAUGGACAUUAUGAUAAAUGUGUAUAUAAAAUUCGAGAGAGAAAUAAAGAUGAUAUGGCCACUGUUACAGCUACAAUAUUUUCACAUCUAGCUGUUCAACACAAAAAUACUCUAGUUAUAAUGCUGAUUGAUCAUCUGUGCGGUAAAGAGCCAGGAUUAACAGAUGAAUUGGCAACUAUUUUAACAGAAUUAACUCAGCUUAAUAAAACAGAGAAUGCUAAAGUGGCACUUAGAGCUCGACAGGUAUUGAUAGCAGCACAUCAACCUCCAUUUGAACUACGUCAUAAUCAAAUGGAAUCUAUAUUUUUAUCUGCUGUUGAUAUGUAUGGUCAUGACUUCUGCCCAGAAAAUUUACAGAAAUUGAUUAAUUCUGAGACAGCUAUAUAUGAUAUUUUACAAGAAUUCUUCUUCCAUCCAAAUGAUUUAGUCAAAAUGGCUGCUCUCGAGGUGUAUAUAAGAAGAGCCUACAUAGCUUAUGAAUUAAACUGUCUACAACAUGUUAGAUUAGAUAAUGGCGUCUGUAUAGUUGAAUUUAGAUUUUUAUUACCGAGAUCUCAUCCAAAUAGUGGAUUGCUACGUGUACCAACAUUAACAGAAGAUUUUAUUUUUGAAAAUUCGGAACAUUAUGAAGAAUCACCAAUUUGUCAAAGAAUGGGUGUCAUGGCAGCAUUCAAUACAUUUGAAGAAUUCCAACCGAACUUCCACUAUUUAUUAGAAAGAUUUAAUUAUGAUUCCCCCUCACCACCACAGAGUCCAGCUGUAGGAGGUUUACAUGAUAAUGAUCCAAUACAUAUUAUUAAUAUUGGUAUACACAGUCAUGAUGAACUAGAUGAUGAUAAGAUAUCAGCCCAAUUUCAAGCUUUCUGUAAAGAAAAUGUAAGUAGUCUUACUGCUAAUGUAACAAAAAAUUUCCCCUAUUGCCCACAGAGAGCUGAUUUUUUAUUCACAUUAUUGAUUAGAAAAAUUUUUCAAGAAGAUAGAAUCUAUCGUCAUUUAGAACCUGGCCUGGCUUUCCAACUUGAAAUUAACAGACUACGUAAAUUUGAUCUAGAAAUCAUUCCAACAGCCAAUUAUAAGAUGCAUUUAUAUUUUGGUAAAGCUAAGGUAGCCAAAGGUCAAGAGGUCACAGAUUAUAGAUUUUUUGUCAGAUCCAUCAUAAGACAUUCAGAUUUAGUUACAAAGGAAGCAUCAUUUGAAUAUCUCCAAAAUGAAGGAGAAAGAACUCUAUUAGAGGCAAUGGAUGCUUUAGAAGUGGCAUUCUCACAUUCUUAUUCUCAGAAAACAGAUUGUAAUCACAUAUUUUUAAAUUUUGUACCAACUCUAACACUGACAGAACCAGGAAAGUUAGAAGAUACAGUACGUAAUAUGGUUAUGAGAUAUGGAAGUAGAUUGUGGAAAUUACGUGUUUUACAAGCUGAGCUUAAAUUUACCAUCAGGUUAACAACAUCAGGAUCAAGUUUUCCUAUCCGUAUAUUUAUAACUAAUGAUAGUGGAUAUUAUUUAGAUAUUAAUUUAUAUAAAGAGAUUACAGAUCAACGUACUGGACAGAUUAUGUUUGAAGCCUAUGGUGCUAGACAAGGACCGUACCAUGGACUAUUUGUUAGUACACCCUAUCUUACUAAGGAUCAUCUACAAUUAAAAAGAUUCCAAGCUCAAUCCAGUGGUACUACCUAUGUCUAUGAUUAUCCUGAUAUGUUUAAAAUGGCUUUAAUCAAUUCAUGGAAAGAAUAUUAUAAAGUGACUAAACAAGAAGAAAGGGAAGCUUCAGAUGAUGUUUUUAAAUGUAUAGAAUUGGUAGUAGAUAAUCAUGGUAAUUUACUACAACAAAAUAGAUUACCAGGAGAAAAUGAGAUUGGUAUGGUAGCAUGGUUAAUGACUAUGAAAACACCACAAUAUCCUGAUGGUAGAGAUGUUAUUGUUAUAGCUAAUGAUAUGACAUUUAAGAUUGGUUCCUUCGGUCCUCAGGAAGACAUCCUAUUUCAGAGAGCUUCUGAAUUAUCACGUAAACAAGGUUUACCUCGGGUUUAUAUAGCAGCUAAUAGUGGAGCUAGAAUAGGUCUAGCUGAAGAAGUAAAACAUUUAUUUAGAGUGGCCUGGAUAGAUAAUGAUGAUGCUAACAAGGGAUUUAAAUAUCUCUAUCUGAGACCAGAUGAGUUUAAGAAAGUGAGUGCCUCUAAUUCUGUACGAGCUGAAUUAAUAGAAGAUGAAGGAGAAUCCAGAUAUAAGAUUACUGAUAUUAUAGGUAAAGAAGAUGGGUUAGGAGUAGAGAAUUUAAAGGGAUCUGGUAUGAUAGCUGGUGAAACAUCACAAGCUUAUAAUGAAGUUGUUACUAUUAAUCUAGUCAGUUGUCGUGCAAUAGGUAUUGGAGCGUAUUUAGUGAGAUUAGGACAGAGAAUUAUUCAAGUUGAAUCCUCACAUAUAAUAUUAACAGGAGCUGGAGCUUUAAAUAAGGUAUUGGGACGUGAGGUAUAUACUAGUAAUGGACAGCUAGGUGGUAUACAGAUCAUGCAUAAUAAUGGUGUAUCACAUGAUGUAGUUUCAGACGAUUUUGACGGAGUAUUUAAAGUUGUACAUUGGUUAUCUUAUGUUCCAAAGUGUCAUGGUGCUGGUGUACCUAUUAUGGAACCAACAGAUUGUAUAGAUAGAGAGAUAGAGUUUGUACCAACUAAAUCACCGUAUGAUGUACGCUGGAUGUUAGCUGGCCGCAAAUUACCAGAUGGUAAAACAUACCAAACAGGAUUUUUUGACAGAGGAACAUGGUCAGAAAUUUUAUCACCAUGGGCACAAACUGUUGUUACUGGCAGAGCAAGAUUGGGUGGUAUUCCAGUAGGUGUAGUAUCAGUUGAAACUAGAACUGUAGAAUUACAAGUUCCUGCAGAUCCUGCUAAUCUAGACUCAGAAUCUAAAGUUAUACAACAGGCAGGACAAGUCUGGUUUCCUGAUUCUGCAUUUAAAACAGCACAGGCUAUAAUGGACUUCAAUCGCGAAGAGCUACCAUUGAUGGUGUUUGCCAAUUGGAGAGGGUUUUCUGGUGGCAUGAAGGAUAUGUAUGACCAAGUAUUAAAGUUUGGAUCGUAUAUCGUUGAUGCAUUACGUGAUUAUAAGCAGCCUAUAUUAGUGUAUAUACCACCUUAUGCUGAAUUACGAGGUGGAGCCUGGGUAGUAGUGGAUCCCUCCAUUAAUCCUACUCAUAUGGAAAUGUUUGCUGAUCAACUCAGCAGGGGUGGCGUAUUAGAACCAGAAGGUACUGUAGAGAUUAAAUUCAGACGGAAAGACCUGGAAAAAUCGAUACGUAGACUAGAUCAUAAAUGUCGUCAGCUGAUAGAACAAUUAAGUAAUCCUGACUUAAAAGAAGAAGAAAAGAGUAAAUUAAAAGUACAGUUAAAGGAAAGAGAAGAAAGUUUAUUACCUAUGUAUCAUACAGUAGCUGUUCAGUUUGCUGAUCUUCAUGAUACACCAGGUAGAAUGGAAGAGAAAGGAGUUAUUUCCAAUGUGCUGGAAUGGAAGACCAGUAGAAAGUUUUUCUAUUGGAGAUUAAGAAGAAGAUUAUUAGAAAAUCAAGUUAAAGAUAAAAUGAGGAAAUAUACCAAUAAUUUAGUAGAAGCUCAGUUAAAUUCUAUGUUAAGUCGAUGGUUUGUUGAAGAUAAAGGUACCAUUAAUGGCUACCAAUGGGAAGAUGAUGCAUCUGCUGUAAAAUGGCUAUCAGAACAAUUAGAUGACAAUAAUGAAAGUAAUUUAUUAGAAGAGAAUAUUAAAUGUAUACAAAGGGAACAUGUUUUACAGAAAGUUAGAAAUUUAUUGGAUGACAACCCUGAUGUAGCCAUGGAUUCUAUAGUUCAUAUAACACAACACAUGACCUCAGGUCAAAGAGCUGAAAUUUCUAGAAUUUUGGCCAAUAUGGAGACUUCAUAGAGGGAGCUAUGAUCAAAACACCUCUGAAAAUACUCGUAGAAUGAACUUAAUAUUAUUUUUUGAGUAAUUUAUGUAUUUUAAUGAAAUAUUAUGAAUUAGGGACUCUCAUCAUGCUGCCAAAAAAGCAGAUAUUUAAUUGUUAGGUUUAUGGCUUGUUUUGUUUAAUAUUGUUUUAUAUAUAUGUAGCUCUUUAAUUUUCCAUUAUUAAGAAUGAAGCAUUGUUGAUUAGAGCAUAAUAAUGUACACAGUUGAUUGUUGACAUGUACACCACUUAUUGUUGGGGUAAACAAAACUGGUUGUUGAGGUAAACGAUGUUGACAUGUACACCGCUGGGUUGUUGACAUGUACACCACAUGGUUGUUGACAUGUACACCACAUGGUUGUUGACGUGUAUACCACUGGGUUGUUGACGUGUACACCACUGGGUUGUUGACAUGUACACCACUUGGUUGUUGACAUGUAUACCACUUGGUUGUUGACAUAAACACCAAUGGGUUGUUGACAUGUUUACCACUUGGUUGUUGACAUGUAUACCACUUGAUACC